AUGUCCUACAACAAGACUGACAAGGAUGUCGGCGAGGGUCCCAAGAGCCACAAGAUCCGCAUCACUCUAUCCUCCCGCAAGGUCCAGGUCCUCGAAAAGGUCUGCACGGAAAUCAUUGACCGCGCAAAGAACAAGGACCUCCGCGCCAAGGGCCCAGUCCGCCUGCCCACCAAGACGCUCAAGAUCACCACCCGCAAGACCCCGUGCGGUGAGGGCUCCAAGACCUGGGACCGCUUCGAGAUGCGUAUCCACAAGCGUCUGAUUGACCUCAACGCCCCCACCGAGGUCGUCAAGCAGAUUAUUGUCAACAUUGACGCCGGCGUCGAGGUCGAGGUCACCAUUGCCGCGUGA